UUUUUGCAAUAAUUUACUUAACCGGUUGACCUCAAAACGAGUUGAUUCACCUUUGCCUCUUUCUCUUAUCACGGAGAGAUAAAAUUCGGAUAAGUUCCACCAAACGUAGUGCUCUGUGUGUUUUUCGAAAAUGUGUUAAUCAACGUAGCGGGAAAUUUAAAAAUUGAUAAUUAGUGAUUGAGAAAAAACAACGUCAAUUAUUUAAAUGACUGGACACUCCGUUACUCAAUACGACCAUCACUUGCGUUGAUAAGCGGCCCCAAGUUGUAUUGUUAUCAGUCGAAAUUUAAAAUAAUUAAAAACAUGUUGCUGUCAAGGGAGUUUUACACUUUUUUAAAAAGUGCGACCAGUCCGGCAAAACUAAUCACUUUGAAAAACUUUCACUCGUGUGCGAGCUAUGCGGCCCAAGUGUCUUUCAAACUGUCUGACAUUGGUGAAGGCAUAAGGGAGGUAACAGUCAAAGAGUGGUUCGUCAAAGUCGGCGACAAAGUCUCCCAAUUUGACGAAAUUUGCGAAGUACAGAGUGACAAAGCCUCGGUCACAAUCACAAGCAGAUACGAUGGAGUUAUUAAGAAACUACAUUACAAAAUCGACGAGAUUGCGUCAGUUGGCAAACCCCUGGUGGACAUUGAAACCGAAGGGGAUGAACCAAGCGCAGCACCAACCCCCGAAGAAGAAUCAAAACCCCCAGUCGAAGAAAUUAAAAUAAGCGAACCCACUGACCCCCAACCAACCGCUGAAAUUUUAUGCAUCCCCUCUGUCCGAAGACUCGCCAAAGAACACAAGGUGAACUUAUGGGAGGUCACAGGAACCGGAAAAUCCGGCCGCAUUCUCAAAGAAGACGUUCUGAAAUACCUGCAAGCCGGCCCUGCGCCGGCCAAGGCCCCCGCCCGCCAGGCCCGCACCGAGCCCAUCAAGGGCUUCCAGAAGGCCAUGGUCAAGACAAUGAGCGACGCUUUGAAAAUCCCUCACUUCGUCUACAGCGACGAAAUCGCAGUAACGCAACUGUCGCAACUGAGACAAACCCUUAAAAAACUGCCAGAAACGCAGGACUUGAAGCUGUCGUUCAUGCCCUUCUUCAUCAAAGCGGCCUCCAACGCCCUGCAGCGCUUCCCGGUUUUGAACGCCAGCUUGGACGAGAACUGCGAGAAUGUGACCUACAAGAGCGAGCACAACAUCGGGGUUGCGAUGGACACGAAAGUCGGGCUGGCCGUCCCGGUGAUAAAAAACGUGGAGACACUUAGUAUUAUUGAAAUUAGCAACGAACUGAACCGACUUAUCAAGUCGGGGCGCAGCGGCUCCUUCUCGCCCCAGGACUUGGCCGGGGGCACGUUCACGAUUUCGAACAUUGGGGCUAUCGGCGGCACGUACAUGAAGCCGGUCAUUAUGCCGCCGCACGUGGCCAUUGUUGCGCUCGGGGCGUCCCAGGUGGUUCCCCGGUUUGACGACGCCGGGAAUGUCGUCCCUGUCGAAGUGCUUAAUCUGAGCGGGGCCGCCGACCACCGGAUCAUAGACGGGGCCACGAUGGCCCGCUUUGUGCAGACUUUGAAACGGCAAAUCGAAAACCCCUAUCUCUUGUUCCUGAACUUGUGAUGUGAUAAAUAAAACACGCUUUGCAUCAA